AAUUCACCACGCGCGAUCCUGCGCUCGCUGUCUGUGGUGCUGAAGCGGCGCGUGCUGGGGACUGGAGCACAAACAUACAAUCGAGGCGUUCUUUAUGCACAGCAAGCUGCUCCAGUUCUCUCCGAGAAAAUAGACAUUCACAUCGGAACAGCAUGGCCCGGUCCAGUCGCACCCACUGAGAGAGAUGGAAGCCAAGCAGCACUCCCUAAAGAGCCUGAAGAGCUACCCUGAGGCGGGGGGCCGGAGCCUGGCGGCGGCCGCGGGAGACGUCGGUGUUGGAGGUGGUGGAGGAGGGUGUCGUGCCGGCUCGGCACAAAUGGAGAUGGAGGCAAACAUACAGAAAGCCAUUGACUUCAAGGUGGAGGGCCACCGUUGCUACAAGGAGAAGAAAUUUCGGGAAGCGAUAGGGAAGUACCACCGGGCUCUGCUGCAGCUGAAAGGGGUGCAUUUAGUGGAUGGAACCACGGGCUCCGAGGUCAACCUCCUGAGCCAAGCCGCGGUCAAACUGACGGAGGAGCAGCGGAGAACUGUGGAGAUCACGGAGAUCGAAUGCUACGACAGCCUGACAGCGUGCCUGUUGCAGUCCGAGCUGGUGAACUAUGAGCGUGUGAAGGAGUACUGCCUGAAGGUGCUGAGUCACCAGAGGGACCACUUCAAGGCCAUGUACCGCGCUGGCAUCGCCUGCUACCACCUGGGCGACUACGACUGUGCCCUGCGCUACCUGCGUGACGCCAAGCACCGCGAGCCCUCAGACACAAACGUGCUGCGAUACAUCCAGUUGACGGAGAUGAAGAUGAGUCGGGAGGGCCAGCGGGAGCGAGAGAGCAGCAAAGAGGCCCUGGGCUAACCUUUGACCUUUUGGCCCCUGUCACUAUGGCCUAUUCUAUGACCCAUCCUACAUCUCCUCUCUGACCUCCUCUCCUCCUUUAUCGAGCCCAGUCUCAUUGAUGACUUGCCCCAGUGAUGCGCUGCAACCAUGUAAAAGAACAGGGCAGAAAAAGCCCUGUCUCUCCCCCUCUCUUCUCCUCCUUGUCUUCCCUUCUUCCCCCAGGUGCUGUUGUUCUGUACCCAAGAUGCCGACUGCCAAGCCAACAAAGAAAAAACAAAGCAAAGGGAAAUUCUGUACUAAUUCUCAUACAAAACAGUCACGGUUGUCUGAAUGGAGAAAAAAAAGCGUUAAAAAAAUAUAUAUGAACAAAGAACGUUGCGUAAUUUAGUAGAAGUGUAAUUUUAAACAACAAAA